UCGUGCAUGCCAGCGUGCAGCUGCAGCCAGCCGGAUCGGGAGAAUCUCUAUCCAGAUCGGUUCCGUGCGCACCCGGUUUGCCGUUCCGGCCCCAACUCUCCCUCCCCUCGGUUACUACUUCACGCACCAUUGCUCUAGCUCUUCCACUUCCACACCGAUGCGCGGGUGUCCGGGCCCUGAUCCCCCCUCGCAUUUCGAUGCUCUUGCGAUUUCAACUCGACUCUCCCGCGCCGCGAAACAGCAGACCAUGGACCUUCCCGUGGUGGAUCUCACGCCAUACCUCGGCGCCGCCGGCUAUGCGGCGGCGGCGGCGGCGGCCGAGGAGGAGGUGCGCGCGCUGUGCGCCACGGUGAGCGCCACCCUGCGGGACACGGGGGCGCUGCUGGUGAAGGACCCGUGCUGCUCCGCCGCCGACAAUGAGCGCUUCCUCGACGUCAUCGAGCGCUACUUCGCCCGAUCCGACGACGCCAAGCGCCUCCAGGAACGCCCCCACCUCCACUACCAGGAGCUAAACUCAGAGCCUGUUAUCCCUGAUGGAUUACCCGAGUGGAAAGAGACGAUGGCUUCGUGGGGUUCUAAAAUGAUUUCUGCAACUGAGGUUGUUGCUGAGAUGGCUGCAAUUGGACUUGGCUUGCCAAAGGAUGCAUUUACUUUUUUGAUGAAGGAGGGACCACACCUCCUAGCACCAACUGGAAGUGACCUGCAGCGUCAUGGUUCUGAGGGCACUGUUUUCGCUGGGUUCCAUUAUGAUCUUAAUUUCUUGACUAUACAUGGCCGAAGUAGAUUUCCAGGCCUGAAUAUCUGGUUAAGGAAUGGUAAAAGGAUGGAGGUGAAGGUCCCUGUUGGAUGCCUUCUCAUUCAGUCAGGAAAACAGCUGGAAUGGCUUACCGGCAGCGAGUGUUUGGCUGGAAUGCAUGAGGUAGUGGUAACCAAGAGAACAUUAGAGGCUAUAGCGUUAGCAAAAGAACAAAAUAGAGGCCUGUGGCGAGUUUCUUCAACAUUAUUCUCGCACAUUGCUUCCGAUGCAAUUCUUAAGCCACUGGGCAACUUUGCUGAAACACCCAACGCUCAUUCCUAUCCGUCAAUUUGCGGUGGGGAUUAUGUUGAACAGGAGCUUUCAGUGAUUAAUCUGAAAGGAAAGGAUGGAAACUAGGCUUUAUGCAGCAGCAGAUAAAUCAGAAUAUCUCAUUACUGACAGAUGAUCAGAAUGCAAAAUUAAAUUAUCCAAACUUAUAUUGUGUCUUCAUUUUGGAAUGCUGGCAUAGUGAGAGCGCUUCUGUUGUUCCCACUGCACUCUUUUAUGUCAAUGCAAGCUAUGCUCGUUC